AGGGGGGCCACUGGGCAGAUAAAAGAGCUGUGCUCGCCGCUCCUGCUGUACACCACUGCACACUGCUGCUGUGUAUGAAGACUGAAGGAGAGGAGGACCCGACCACGACUGUGCCCGACAACUUGUACAAUGGACGCUGCAGAGUUCCGGAGGAGAGGGAAGGAGAUGGUAGACCUGAUAGCAGAUUACCUGGAGAAUAUAGAGCAAAGGCCGGUGUACCCCGACGUGGAGCCUGGGUACCUGCGGUCCCUCAUCCCUGAGGAGGCCCCUGAGGAGCCCGACACCUACGAGGACGUGGUCAAAGACAUUGAGAGGGUCAUCAUGCCUGGGGUGACCCACUGGCACAGCCCGUACUUCUAUGCCUACUUCCCCACGGCUAACUCCUUCCCGGCCAUGCUGGCAGACAUGCUGUCUGGAGCUAUUGGUUGCAUCGGAUUCUCCUGGGCUGCCAGUCCGGCGUGUACAGAGCUGGAGACAGUCAUGAUGGACUGGCUGGGGAAGAUGCUCAAGCUGCCAGAGGACUUCAUCGCCGGGACACACGGACAAGGAGGAGGCGUCAUCCAGGGUACGGCCAGUGAGGCGACUCUGGUGGCUCUCCUAGCUGCCCGCUCCAGGGCGGUCAGAAUGAUCCUGGCCAGUGACCCACAGCGUCCAGAGACUGGCAUUACCUCCAAACUGGUGGCCUACUCUUCCGACCAGGCUCACUGCUCGGUGGAACGAGCAGGUAUGAUUGCCGGAGUGAGGAUGAAGAAGAUUCCAACGGAGCAGUCAGACAAGUACGCUGUCCAGGGAGAGACCCUCCGGAGAAUGAUACAGGAAGACAAGGCUGCAGGACUCAUCCCCUUCUACUUCUGUGCUACUCUUGGGACCACUCCCUCAUGUGCAUUUGAUCACAUUACUGAACUUGGGCCCAUAUGUAAUGCAGAGAAAAUCUGGAUGCACAUUGAUGCUGCAUAUGCUGGGAGUUCCUUUAUUUGUCCUGAAUUCAGACCCCUGUUGAACGGCAUUGAGUUUGCAGACUCAUUCAAUUUCAACCCACACAAAUGGUUGUUAGUCAACUUUGACUGCUCUACAAUGUGGGUGAGGAAAAGAUCUGAUCUCAUUGGGGCCUUCAAGAUGGAUCCUCUAUACCUGAAACAUGAUCAUCAAGAGUCAGGGCUGGUCACAGAUUACAGGCACUGGCAGAUUCCACUGGGCCGAAGGUUCCGCUCUCUCAAGAUGUGGUUUGUGUUCCGGAUGUAUGGGCUCAAAGGCCUUCAGGACUACAUCCGUAAGCAUGUGGAGUUGGCCAAAGAGUUUGAGAGCCUGGUUCGAGCUGACCAGCGCUUUGAGAUCAGUGCAGACGUCGUCUUGGGGCUGGUCUGCUUUAGACUAAAGGGCUCCAACGAGGUGAACGAGACCUUGCUGAAGAGGAUCAACAAUGGCAGGAAGAUCCAUCUGGUGCCGUGCCAGCUGUCUGGUCAGUUUGUGCUGCGCUUCGCUGUCUGCGCCCGCACCACCGAGUCACGUCACAUCCGCGAGGCCUGGCGACUCAUCACACAGCUGGCCGAAGAGGUCAUGCAGGAGCUGCCCCACUGACCAUCCACAUUGACUAGACAGGCUGGGUUGGACCAGGAGCUGUAAGUAUCAAGUAUUUCAGAGUAAGAGUGCAGGUCUAGGAUCAGGUCCCCUGUCCAUUCAUUAAAAUAUUAAAUACUAAAUUGAUCCUAGAAGUGGAUCUUAGAUCAGCACUCCUACUCUGAGAUGCAUGAUGAAUAAGGGCCCUAACCCCACCUGACCAUGGCUGGUAUUCAAAAAGUGUCUCAGAGUAGGAGUUUCCAUGUUGUCUUAUUUCUUGUGAAGUAAAAGGCUAAAGUGAUCCUAGUUCAGCACUCCUACUCUGAGAUGCUAUAUGAAUACAGGCCUGGAUCUCACUCAAUGGAGGCUGCUGAGGGGAGGACGGCUCAUAAUAAUGGCUGAAACGGAGCGACUGGAAUGACAUCAAACCAUGUGUUUGAUACCAUUCCACCGAUUCCGCUCCAGUCAUUAACACGAGCCCAUCCUCCCUAAUUGAGGUGGCACCAACCUCCUGUGAUCUCACUGUGUUUACAUCAUCAGCAUACUGUAACUGCAGCCCUUUCUCUUUGCUGUCUCAUCCCAUGUGUGUAUUUAUAUGUGUGGUUGUAUGUGAAUCAGUGAAUUUGUGUUGGUGAGUGUGAAUAAAUUAAAGGUGCGUAUGUGAGUGAAGCAAAUCAUAUCCAGAUGUUAAGGUUUUGCCUGAUAUGUUACUGUAGUGUAGGGUUUACUGACAAUACUCAAGCAUGUGUUCUAUGUAAAACCAGACUGACUGAGUUCUGCUUUGACUCCACACCAGUAUGCUAAAUGAGAGAGGCCAGGCUAGAGACGGGCACCACCCCCCUCAGGGCUCUGUGUAUGCCCCACCUGCUCCUACAACCCCUCUCCACCCUCACCCUCACCUACCCUGCCCUGUCCCUUCUCAACCAACUGUUCAUCCAAAUCACUUUAGAGAAAGGCCAGCAUGCUAAAAAUACAGGCAAGGACUUAGUAUGUGGGGCUUUAUCCUGCCUGAGGUUUAUCCAGGCUCUGGUCACUCAGCUGUGUUUACCUGCUCUAGUGGAGUGAUUAGUAGAGGUAUUCAAUUCAGUACAAUAUUAUUUAUCUCCUUAGGGGCAUAUUGAUUAAAACAUUGGGAUAGUGUAGGUCCCUAAAACAAGAUUGCACAUUAUACAUGUUCACAAUUCAAAACAUUUAAGAGUCAGAAAACAUUGUAUGGUUUGGCACCAUUAUACAGUAAGUAGAGAUAGAAACAGUUAGUAUCCCACAAGGUGUGAGCUGUUCACUGUUUUCAUGAAGCCAAAAAAAUUAACAGCAUGUUGAGAUUUUGCCAAAGAGAGAAACAGGUAUCUUAUACCAGAGACACAGGUAUCUUAUACAAGAGACACAGGUAUCUUAUACAAGAGACACAGGUAUCUUAUACAAGAGACACAGGUAUCUUAUACAAGAGACACAGGUAUCUUAUACAAGAGACACAGGUAUCUUAUACCAGAGACACAUGUAUCUUAUACCAGAAAAACAGAUAUCUUAUACCAGAAAAUCAGGUAUCUAAUACAAGAGACACAGGUAUCUUAUACCAGAGACACAGGUAUCUUAUACCAGAGACACAGGUAUCUUAUACCAGAUAAACAGGUAGCUUAUAUCAGAGUUGUGGCCAUUCCCGUUUCAAUUCAGUCAAUUCUGAAAGUAAACUAAAAUUCUAAUUCCAAAAUGUUCUCAUAGAGAAACAUUGAGCAAAAAUGUUUAACUCCCUAAUCGACUGAAUAGAAAAGGAAUUGACCCCAACCCUGUUUCAUAAGCAGUUUUGUCCUGAACAGCAUAAUAACCCAUGAGACAAAUAAGAGCUCUUAUGGGAGCAUCAGUUAAAACACUUACUGUAAGCUUUUGCCCUGCAUGAAUAAAAUAUACAGACAACAGUUAAUGUCUCAGUUGAUUUGAAGAGACACAAAAACAAUAUGUACCUAGCUUCACUUAAUGCCCUCAGCAGUAGCAGUGAGCCAAGGAGGAAUUGACUUGAGAGGGUCUCUCCUUAAGAAGGUAAUAUGAAUGUGUUUCAAAUGUGUACUCUACUGUAUGCACAUCAUAUGAUGUUUCUGUUGGGCUGUUGGAUAAACAAACCAGUUGAAUUAGAUUAGACCUUUAAGCUGUGAUUCCCAGCAUGUCAUGGAGUCACUCAAAAUAAAUGAACUAAGUAAUCAAGAGAUAAAAUAUCCCUGUCCCUGGUUUGAUUCACAAGUCAAGUGUGCCUUUUGAAUGAGGGAUGGAGGGGUGUGUGUGUGUGUAGAAUAUGUGUAGUGGUGUCUUUUUGUCUCUUUUGUGUCUGUGUUUACUUGAUAUAACCAGCAGUGGGCUGACUGCUUCAGUCUCACACUGGGGGGAAAUUGUAUUGUUAACUUGAUCAUCUCUUACCUGGCGAUAAGGUGGUAGUGCAAUCCUAUGUUUUUUGAAGGAGGAAAACCUUAAGCAUAGCUGUAUUCUUUUAUAUGCUUUGUGGCUUCCUGCUACUUAUCUGCCUUGUGGCAUCAUUGUACUGUCCUCUUUACACAACAAAAUAAAUGUGUUUGCGAUGUG